AUGAAAUACACGCACGCGGUGCACGAGAACAGAACGCGGCCUCAGUCAGGGGCAAGGGCUCAUCCAGCUGGCUGCUCAAUCUGGGUUCUCGCCGCUUUUCCACCGGAGGUCAACCGCGGUCCGCCAAAGGCCGGGCGAGGGAAGAAGCGCCAGCCUGCUGCUGACGACGAUGCCGCUGGCCCUUCCAACGAGGCUCCGGCUACGAAGCGUCCACGCGGUCGACCGCCCAAGGCCGUGUCGGUGGAACCGCUAGCUCCGAAGCCCAUCGCAACCUCGGCUGCUCGAAAGUUGCGGAAGGCAACGCAGCCCGAGGGUGGAAACCCUUCCACCAGCAAGGUAGCCCCAACUAAAUCCCCGAGGGUGAGCCGUAGGAAGCGCGCGAGAAGCUCCUCUGGAAGCAGCAACAACGACACGGCUAGCGAGCCUACAAAGCGUCGCAGUGCCAGGAGGAAGUUCAGCCGUGGACGAUCAAGGCACUCGUCCCACAGUCGUCACGGUGGACGCGCGCGUAAAGACCGAAGCCGUGGAAGCUCGGUCACACGGUCGCAAAGAAGCCAGGGAAGAAAGAAGAGGCGCAGCAGGAGCCGCCGCCAUGUCCGGUCUAUUAGUUCUUCCUCGGCCACGAGCAUGCCCUCGAAGCGCGGCAAUAAGCGUCGCCAUGCCCACAGUCGCGCGUCCUCGAGGCACGGAGGACGGCGUGUGAAGGCGAGGAAGGCUCCGAGCAGCCUGUCUUCUAGACACGGGAGCCGCACGAGGGUUGGCAAGACCACCAAGGGCUCGAAGAGGAAGUAG